CAACCAGAGGCGUCACCAGAAGCUCCUGUCACGGCAGCUUCUCCACCUCAGCAGGAGAGUUAUACGCAGAGCCAGAGGGACAAAUCUGAGUCCCAGGCACCUCCAGCAGCUGCUUCAGCUCCAAUCACAGCUCCUUCACCAAGAAAGGAGAUUGCUGGACAAGAGACGGCAACAAAACCCCCAGCUUUUAUCCAGAGGAGGGUCUUCAGAAAUGGGUGGACAACUCGGAAGGUGUCCACGAAGACCCCCGUGAUAGCCAAUUCAAUGCGUUACCCAUCUAAGGGUCAGCAUCCUGCCUGGAGAUCUUCUCCAUCUGAGGGUCAACGUCCUGCCUGCCAAAUGCCCAGUGCAUCUCCUGGAGCUACUGGGGCUUCAAAUAAUGGACAAAGCAGAAGCAUGAGGGAAAACAAAAACUCUUCCCCACAAAGGCAUGAGAGUGUUGGACAAGAGAAGUCCACAAAACCUGCCGUCGCACCAGCUGCUCCACCUCAGCAGGAGAGUUCUACAAAUAAACAGGAUAACUCACAUCCAUCCAAAACGGAGUCCCGGGCACCUCCAGCGGCUGCUGCUGUUACGAAACCAGCUUCCCCACAACCAGAGGCGUCCACAGAACCAGAGGCGUCCACAGAAGCUCCUGUCACGGCAGCUGCUCCACCUCAGCAGGAGAGCUCUACGCAGAGACAGAGGGACAAAUCGAAAGACGAGUCCCAGGCACCUUCAGCAGCUCCAAUCACAGCUUCCUCACAAGAGACGUCCACAGAGCUCCCUGUCACACCAGCUUCAGCUGCUUUGAAGAAAACGAAAAGGAGGAUGAGGAAAAAUAAAAAAUCUUCCACAAAACCAGAGGCGUCCACAGAACCAGAGGCGUCCACAGAACCAGAGGCAUCCACAGAACCAGAGGCGUCCACAGAAGCUCCUGUCAUGGCAGCUUCUCCACCUCAGUGA